AGUGGAGGAGUGGAGGAGACGCCAGAGACCCUCGUCUUCGAGGAUCUUAGCAGGCAGAAUUUCGGGAAUUUCGAUCGCCUCAAGGGCUACGACUUACCGCACAUUCGCCGGAUGCUUCGCAAAUUGGCCGAACUUCAUGCUGCCUCAGCAUUUUAUCGCGAAUUGAGUGGGCCGUAUGACGAAAAGUUCUACAAGACUGUGUUUCGGGAGGAAAGCAGAACGAUGCUUACCAAACUUAAGGAGAUGCGAGACCCUGGCUACUUCGAGGUAAUGCUUGAAUGGGGCAUCCCAGAUGUUGAAAAAUACAUCAAGAAAUUUCCAACAUGGACAAAAUCCUGGCACCCGGCCCCGAAUCUGAUGCAAUCCGCUACAAGACCUAUACAAAUCCGUACUACGUGA